UGAUAGCUUUCAACAAGGUGAAAUUUUAUUCUUAGAAUACGACAUAUGUCAAAAAUAUCGUGCGAAAAACUCUUAAUUUCACACAUUGAAUUUCGAAGAUGAAAAGGAGAUAUGUGUAUAUGAAUAUAAUUUUUAUUGUCACAGCUCUAAUGCUUCCAUGUCCAUUUCUGAAAUUUGGACAAUACACUGAAGGAAAAUAUGUGAGUGUACCAGAAAAUAAAACAAUCAUCCCAGAUUUCAAGGAUAUCGUUCCGAACUUAAAGGAGCUGGAAACGUAUUUAAAAGGUUUUGCGAAGAAUUAUUCUUACUUUGCAACCCUAUAUGAAAUAGGUAGAUCAAGAAGAAGAAAAAAUGAAGAUUCUCUGCCUAUUUAUAACAUGGUUUUAACAUCUGGAUAUUCGAAGCCAAUUAUAGUUUUCAUAGGAGGUAUCUACGCAUCAGAUUUAUCUUGCCCAUCGAGUCUGGUCCAUACUUUUACCACGUGGACUACCAACACAAAAAUUCUAGCUCAGCUACUUCCUCUUUACGAUUACCAUUUCAUACCCCUGGUUAAUCCCGAAGGAUACGAAUUUGUAUAUCAAAAGAGGAGAAAGGGUGAGUUUUUCCGAUGGCUGAAGAACAUGAGAGGAUUCAGAAGUGGACGUGCCGUGAAUAUUUUAAACAACUUUGAUAGUCACUUCAGCGCUUUUCCAAAACAGAAAAGUGACGAGCAUUAUGGAGGAGAUAAGCCCUUCUCAGAAGAUGAAUCAGCGAUUAUCAGGGACUAUAUCAGGGAGAUACAAAAUAAUACUGCGGCUGUUUUCCUGUUAUUUUCUUCACCGAAGGAUGACGCUAUAACAUAUCCAUAUGCUCACACCAUGGAGAAACAUGAUUCAUGGAUAUUGCAGGAACAGUUAGCCAUUCACGCUAUCAGAACUGCUAGAAAUAUAUCGUACAAUUCUCUGGCUGUUGUUUCUACUGCUGAAUAUGGAGGUUUAGAGGGAGGAAGAAUGGACGACUGGCUCAUGGAGACCCUGAAAAAAAGCAUCAUUUUGAACAUUCAACUAACUUUUUCGCUGAAAGCAUCUGACAAUAGAGACACACUUAAGAACUUGAAUACAAAGAUUCAAACCCUCCUCAAGAGACUUGUAGUCGGUUCAUAUCGUGAUAAAUACUUGAGAUAUCAAGCACGUUCGACUGGAUUUCAUGAGCACAUUUACAAAUUCCCUUGGAAAAACGUCAUAAGCUGAUAUGAUCAUUGAAACUGGGAAGAAUUUCGUAUUUAUUUUCAAGAUGUUUUUGUCAUUUGAACUUGUUGGAAUUGAAAUGAGAAAAAUUAAUUCCUUCACUAUUCUACAUAAGUAGAAAUUGAAAAAUGUAUUGGUCAAUAAAGUUUUGAAUUUU